CAAUCAUUCCCAUUCUCAAUCACUGCGUUUGGAGCUCUCUCUUUCAAUGGGAAGAUCUCCUUGUUGUGAGAAACAACACACCAACAAGGGUGCAUGGACCAAAGAAGAAGACCAACGCCUUAUCAACUAUAUCAAACUCCAUGGCGAGGGCGGUUGGAGAUCUCUCCCGAACGCUGCAGGGUUGCUUCGGUGUGGAAAGAGCUGCCGGUUGAGAUGGAUCAAUUAUCUACGUCCCGAUCUCAAGAGAGGGAACUUCACUACGGAGGAAAACGAACUCAUCGUCAAUCUUCAUAGCCUGCUCGGUAACAAGUGGUCUCUAAUUGCGGCGAAACUACCUGGGAGGACGGAUAACGAAAUAAAAAACUAUUGGAAUACGCACAUCAAACGAAAGCUUUAUAGCCAAGGGAUCGACCCGCGAACCCAUCGUCCAUUGAUCAAUAAAGGAAGUACUUGUUUGACGAGGGAGGUGGAAGAUUCAAACAGCAACAGCAGCGGUAGCUGUUUGACGACGGAGGUGGAAGAAAACCCUGAGCUGAAUCUCAAUCUAGAGCUCUCCAUUGGCCUUCAUCCCCAUAAACCAACCACCAAAAGCCCCGGCGGCGGUGGCGGCGGUUCCUGUUUUAGUCCAAUUUUAAGCACCACUGACAGAGUUAGAAACGGAAACUUCCUCCUCCAACCCCAUCUCUUUACAUGUUACACAUCGUCCACUUAAUAUUUUAUAUAAAUUGUUGUCUCACAUUUUCAUUUCUCAGAUUUUUGUAAUAUAUAUGCUUAUUA